AUGGUUCAACUCAAACCGAGUAGCUCGGCUGUUGCUGAGCCGAAACCCAAAUAUGGCCAUUUGUCCAAGAUCGACCCUGACUUCGCGCCUUUCAAGGAAGCGAUCGACCAGAGAUUUAAGACGUUGUGGUCGUUGUCAUUAGAGGACCUCAAAGCCGCGUACAAAAACGCCCCCGUGUCCUUUCCGGAAGGCGCACCCCAGGCGGAAAAAGACUUCCAAGUUGCAGACCAAGAGAUUUCCGUCCGAGAUGGUACCAAGAUCGGGUUACGGGUCUACAGACCUAUUCAAGCCAAACCGAACGCCAUCUUGGUUCUGAAGGCGCACGGCGGCGGCUGGACGGUUGGAUAUCACCAGACCGAAGAAGUCGAGAACCGCAUGUUGGCUGCGCAUGCCGGUGCGGUGGUGGUCAGUGUCGACUAUCGAAUGGGUCCGGAGUACAAAUUCCCUUAUGCUGUCAAUGACUGCUUCGAUGCCCUGAAAUGGUGCAAGGCCAAUGCCACUAGCCUGGGCAUCGAUCCGGAGGCAAUCGUUGUUGCGGGAGGGAGUGCGGGAGGCAAUAUCGCCGCCGUCCUCUCCCUCAUGGCACGCGACCAACAAGAGUCGGGGAUCAUUGGACAGAUCUUGAACAUCCCGGUGACAUGCCACCCCGAUGUUUUCCCGCGAGACAAAUAUGAAUACGGCAGCUUUGAGCAAAACAAGGAUGCGAGUGUCGUCGAUGCCCCCAAGAUGCUCUGGUUUUGGGAACAGUACAUGCCAACUGUCACACCAGACGUGUAUGCGCACCCACUGUUGGCAGAGAGCCACGCCGGCCUACCACCCGCUCUUGUUCAAGUGGCCGGUCUCGACCCCCUUCGAGAUGAGGGCCUCGCCUAUGCAGAAGCGCUCAAGAAUGCAGGCGUGGCAGUGACUUUGAAUGUGUACCCAGGAUUGCCGCAUGGCUUUUACCUGCUUCCACAUCUAGAACAGGCACGACGGUAUUGGCAGAGCUCGGUCGACUUUGUGAAGAGUCUCGAGAAGCGAUCAGACAAGCUUUAG